AUGAGUGAAUCAAAUUCCACUCUCUUUUAUGCUGGAAUUACAUUGGCAUCUGGAUUGAUCACCGAUUUUCUGAUAAAUCGAUUGAACAAGAAGGAUGUAGCUGAAGAGCCUAAGCCUUUGAGAAGAUCAUUUAUCAACUCCAAACAGGCUCCAGUUCCAGAAGCACUCUUAAACUCUGAGAAUCCAUUGCUUGAUGAAAUCAAAUUCUUAAACAGUGCAACUUGUGAUAUCGAGAGAGUCAAUCAUCUCUCACUUGGAUUGGAUGAUGAAUUUCCAAAUAUUAAAUCCCCAUUAUUGGGAGAAGGCAAUCUGAGAUCAGUCUUUGGAGGAGAAGGAUUCUUACCAGAUGACGCCUUUGUUUAUUGUGGAUCCUAUGUAAUUAAUACAGCUGUAUUUGGUCCUGGUAAAAGGAUAGAAUAGACAAAGAAAUGGUUGAGAGCAGGACCACGCAAAUCAUUGUUCUUUGAUCCAAAGACAGUCAAAGCUGCAAUAGUGACAUGUGGAGGAUUAUAGAAUUAUAUAUGUCCUUGCAUUACAACUAUGGUGUUUAAGAUAUUUAUGGAAUCAAGUACGGAUACAAGGGAUUUUAUACUUAUGAUUGGAUUAAGUUUGAUGCAAACUAUGUUAAAAACAUUCAUAAUUUUGGGAGGAACUAUUUUAGGUUCAUCAAGAGGUGGAUUUGAUUUAAACAAGAUUGUAGAGGCUAUUGUUAAUCAUGGAAUUAAUCAAGUAUUCUGUUUAGGAGGAGAUGGUACUCAUGGAGGAGUGUUGGAAUUGUUUAAAGAAUUAAGAAAGAGAAAGCUCAAGAUAUCAAUUGUGGGUAUUCCUAAAACUAUAGAUAAUGACAUUGCUAUAAUAGAUGAAUCUUUUGGUUUUGAGACAGCUGUUGAAGAAGCAAUUAAUGCCAUUAGAUCAGCAUAUGUUGAAGCUAAUUGUGCAGAAAAUGGAGUGGGAUUGGUCAGACUAAUGGGUAGAAAUGCUGGUUUCAUUGCUAUGUCUGCUUGCAAUGCUUCUAGAGAUGCACAUGUUUGUUUGAUUCCAGAAUUCAGAUUUGAAUUGUAUGGAGAACGAGGUCUUUUGGAGUACUGUUACUAGAGACUCAAGAAGAAGGGCACUUUGGUCCUUGUCAUUGCUGAAGGAGCAGGAGAUGCUAUGUUGGAUUAUAAAGUUAAUGUCUUGGAGACUGAUGCAUCAGGUAACAAAAAACCUUAGGAUGUUGGUGUCAUAGUGAAAGAUGAACUUACUAAGUAUUGCAAAAACAAAGCAAUGAGUAUCACUCUUAAACACAUCGAUCCUACAUAUAUGAUCAGAACAGUCCCAGCUAAUCCUCAUGAUAAGAUCAUGUGCACUUAAUUGGCUCAAAAUGCUGUUCAUGGUGCCAUGGCUGGUUUCUCUGGAUUUACUGUUGGUCAUGUUAAUAACAGAUUAGCUUACAUUCCAAUUGAAGAAUUGCUGUCUGGAAAGUACUCCAAUAGGGUUGUAGCUGACAGUCGAGAAUGGCAAAGAUUGUUAGCCAGUACGGGUUAACCUUCAUUCUUGAACAAUGAAGAGCAGAUGAUCUAAUAAAAAUAAUAAUAAUAAAUUUGAGAAUAUUGAUAAAGCAUAUCUAUUAAAAACAAAAUUUAUAACA